AUGGCAUCAUAUAAACGAGAACUAGAUGCCAAAAGAGCAAAGGUGGAAAAAACAAUUCAAUCUAAAGAUAAGAAAAAACUUAUACACUUGGGUGAUGAGUUCAAAGAACGCAUAAAUGAGUUAAGUGAUCAUAUCAAAAGGUUGAAAGAUAAUGGAAGGACAAUGAAACGACUACAAUAUGAUCUCGAAGAGAUUUUAGAUAAUGUAGAUAAUCUACAGAUAAAAUUAGAUGCUGAAACAAGCUCACCAAAUCCGAACGAAGAGAAAAUUAAGAAUUAUACAAAUGAAAAAGAAGAAUUAAACAAGCAGCAAAAACAAGUUCACAACAAGAUAGAAAAGAUGCAUAAAAAUAGUGGAUCCAUUGUAAAAGACACUGAAAAUUUAGAAAUCGAAAACGAACAACUACAGGAGUAUGGGGACCUACUGGAAAAAAUCAAAGAUGCUUUAAAUAAACAUAAAAAAGAAAGAGUAAAACAAACAUGA